AUAAACACUAGUGGAUUAUUUCAAAAAAAAACACUAGUGGAUAGAUGCAUUGGAGUGUUGCUUUGGGUGUUUUGAUGUGAUUCCAGCAACAAUUGAUUGCGUAACUAGGUUAUCAGGUCAAUUGGAAAUGCUAAGCCUGCAGGCACCCUCCAACUUUGAAACUGUAUUUUACAGUGGCGUUCAGAGCUUCAGUUCUGUGCAGUGAGAUUGUGCUAUGCCAGAGAGCACAGACACCUAUAUGCCAUUUCAAAUGUUGUUUUUUUUACGGUAUCACAAAAACAUCAGGCAUAGUGAGAUUGCAUAAUAGUUUUCAGUGGGAUUUGGAUUUGGACAUGCUAUAUUUAUGUCAAUGUGCCGUAUAAGUUACCUGUAUUAAGUAGUCUUCAUCUUUUGUAAAUUGGUUAUUUAAAUUGACAAACCUUGUGGUUGCUUGAUGUAGUUCUAAAAACAGCUUUAGUGUUAGUUGUCUUAGUGAUGAUUAAUUGAGCUGCUGUUUUCUUCGGUUGAAGUUUGCUCCUCUAGGAUAAUGCUGCAUCAAAGCACCUAUUGCCAUGGACAGCCAUAUGAAUUAUUGAUUGAAUUGUUGAAUCGUUGAUAUUUUGCCGAGAUUUUACUCCUGUGCUUGUUUUACCUGCUUAUGCUAUUCAACUAUGGUUUUGCAGAUUAGCAUCGAACAGCAAUGGCGAAGCAUCAUCCUGAUCUCAUCAUGUGCCGGAAGCAGCCUGGCAUUGCGAUCGGUCGCCUGUGUGAGAAAUGCGAUGGCAAGUGCGUCAUCUGCGACUCAUACGUGCGCCCAUGCACGCUUGUUCGGGUCUGCGAUGAGUGCAACUAUGGCUCAUUCCAGGGAAGGUGUGUGAUCUGCGGAGGAGUUGGCAUCUCAGACGCCUACUACUGCAAGGAGUGUACCCAGCAGGAGAAGGACCGGGAUGGUUGUCCCAAGAUUGUCAAUCUUGGAAGCGCCAAGACUGAUCUCUUCUACGAGCGGAAGAAGUACGGGUUUAAGAAGAGAUGAUUGAGAGGAGGGAGUUGCUGGGUUCUAUUGUGUUCUGCCGCACUGAUACUGAGAGUAGGCUGCUGAGGCAGCGGCGUUGUAUUCAUGUUAUGAUUUGAUAUUGAUGUGAGAAUACACCCCUGAUAUGCUUUGUAAUAACUGGUUCAACUGUAUGGUCUAAGACCCCAAAGACUACUUAAUGCAUAUGCAACUUGUGCUUGGUGGUUACAUC